UGGCAUUUCAGCCCCAGAUUUUGAGUUUUUCAUACCAAAAGACAUGGAAAUUGGAGAAGAGGAUGAAAGGACGGAGAGGGCAUUAACACUCCCAACCGUGCAAAUGGCAGGGAACAAUGGGUUUGGCCACAACGUAGGGUACACGUCCCAAGCAUGCAAUGUGAGGAAUAGAAAUGUAGAGAUAGAUAUUGAGGAGUGUCCCAAUACAUGGAAGGAUAAACCCCUUCCCAUAUUUCUCAAGUUUGAGGACGUGGAAUAUAAGGUGAGGGGCAGCUGUGGAUCGUCCAACCCUUUGAAGUCUAUAAUGACGAAAGUAGCCUCGCAGCUGAGCAUAGAGCAAGGGAAUUACAAGCACAUCUUGAAGGGCAUAACGGGAAGUGUGGGGCCAGGAGAGAUCCUUGCACUGAUGGGGCCCUCUGGGAGUGGGAAAACAACAUUGCUGAAGAUAAUAGGCGGUAGAUUGCAUGAAAAUGUUAGUGGGACCAUCACUUACAAUGAUAUUCCUUACAAUCCGGCUCUUAAGAGAAGGAUUGGAUUUGUAACACAAGAUGACGUGCUCUUCCCGCAGCUGACGGUAGAAGAAACGCUCAUUUUCGCAGCAUUUCUAAGGCUCCCGGGCGACAUGACUCGGCAACAAAAAUACUUGCGGGCUGAAACCAUUAUGAAGGAAUUGGGCCUAGAAAGAUGCCGCCAUACCCGAAUUGGAGGAGCAUUUGUGAAAGGAGUAUCAGGUGGCGAAAGGAAGAGGACUAGCAUAGGCUAUGAAAUCCUGGUGGACCCAUCUUUGCUAUUGCUCGAUGAGCCCACAUCCGGCCUUGAUUCCACUUCUGCGAAUAGGCUCCUGCAUGUUCUUCAAGGGAUUGCCAAGGCAGGAAGGACAAUCAUAACAACGAUCCACCAACCAUCGAGCAGGAUGUUCCACACGUUCGACAAGAUCUUACUGAUAUCUGACGGUUAUCCGGUAUAUAAUGGGAAGGCCAGAGAGGCCAUGGAAUACUUCUCGUCGCUGAGGUUCGUGCCUGAGCUAGCCAUGAAUCCUGCAGAGUUCCUCUUGGAUCUAGCGACGGGCCAGGUGAAUAAUGUGAGUGUCCCAGAUGAUCUACGGUUGGCCAUGCGAGCCACGCAAGACUUUGAAAGAGAUGUGAUCAAAUAUCUACAGUGGAAGUACAAGACACUGGUGGAGCCUAGAGAGAAGGAGGAAAACCGUCGAUCAGGAAAGGCCCCACCAAAUCUCCAAUUAGCCGUCCAAGUUAAGAAGGAUUGGACAAUGACAUGGUUGGAGCAGUUCAUGAUCUUAUCAAAGAGAACUUUCAGAGAGAGAAGUAGAGAUUACUUUGAUAAGCUGAGAUUGGUGCAAUCCAUUGGAGUUUCAAUCUUACUCGGCCUUCUUUGGUGGAAGUCUCAGAUUGGAACUGAGGCCCAGUUGAGAGAUCAGGUGGGCCUUAUGUUCUACAUUUGCAUAUAUUGGACAUCCACAUCCAUAUUCGGAGCGGUGUAUGUCUUCCCAUUCGAAAAGAUCUACUUGGUGAAAGAGCGGAAAGCCGACAUGUAUCGUCUCAGCGUCUACUACGUCUGCAGCACCAUCUGUGAUAUGGUGGCCCACCUGCUUCACCCUACCAUUUUCAUGACCAUCAUCUACUUCAUGGCCGACUUCAAGAGAACCGUCCCUUGCUUUUUCAUGACAUUGUUGGCAGUGCAGCUGAUUGUCACCACCAGCCAAGGGGCAGGUGAACUUCUUGGAGCUGCGGUCAUGAGCGUAAAGAGGGCAGGGAUGAUCGCUUCGUUGUUUCUCAUGUUGUUUCUACUGACAGGAGGAUAUUACGUCCAGCACAUACCAAAAUUCAUACGAUGGUUGAAAUACAUAUCAUUCAUGUACUACGGAUUCAGGUUGCUAUUGAAAGUUCAGUACUCUGGAGACCAGCUGUACGAUUGUGGCAACAAAAACGGGUGUCGAAGUCUGCAGAGCUCUCCAUCGUUCGAUACCGUGAAUUUGGACGGUGGAUUGAAAGAAGUAUGGAUUCUGAUGGCGAUGGCCAUCACGUAUCGGUUCUGUGCUUACAUCUGUCUUCGCAAAAGAAUCAGCAUCUCUCCAUUUUGAUCAGAUCGUGGGGCCCACCACUUAGAACCAUCUUCUUUUUUUUUAAAAUUGAUCGCAUACAACCGGUUGUUGGUUAGCUUAAGUUACAACCCUUCACACGUGGCUGUCUGGUGUAAAUGGGGUGACAUCCAAGCUGUUGAAAUGGACGGUCACAUGAAGAUCUCCGGGCAUAAGAUCAGGACAGUCCACGUUGUUAAAAAAUGGACGGUUUAAAUAGAUCAGCUGAUGGUUUGAUUCAAUGUACACAGGUGGCCCACCUGAUGAUUUGAGGAUUGGUUUUCAUACUGGAUGAUCUUCAUGGUGGGACCAUGUUCUUUCACGGCUCUGAUGCAACACAUGAGCAAUGCUUUGCCACGUGUGAUGGGUUGUAGCAUGAGUUUGCCUACAGGCGGUUGUAGGCGAUCAUUCCGCUCUUUCCAUAUGUUGGGCGGUACGAUGGUACAAACUAUGAAGUAGAAAUAUUGAAUUCAUUAUAGAAAAGAAAAGGGUGGGUGUAAAUAACAAUUCAAAACUUACAGAAAAACUUGAUACUCCGGCUGAGUGUGAUGGAUGAUAUGCAGGCACUUAAAGUACUUGGAAAUUGCAUACUUGGAAUAUAAUUAAUUCAAAUUAAACUGUCCAAUUUAUGGAUCCCAUUUUAGAUGUACCAUGAACAAAA